CUUGGACUACUCUAUAGAAGAAGCCUGCAGCCGGAGCAGACAGGCCGCCGGGCAACCGGGCACCAUGUCCCGCUCAGAGCCGCUGUCCGCGGGGCAGAGCGCGGAGAACGGCCUGGAGGAGGACGAAGAGGAGGAGGAAGACCUUGACGAUGAGGCGGACGCUUCAAGGCUGGAGAAGUUCAUGAGAGACAGGAGGAGAGCCAAGUCUCUGCCCGCCUACCCCGCCGAGCUCCUGGACUCCGAGAGCGAGGGCAGGAAGCGCGUAAAGUUCGCGGACUCCAUGGGUCUGAAUCUGGCCAGCGUCAAACACUUCAGCUCUCUGGAGGAGCCCAACAUCCCCAGCAAAGUCCUGUCCCGGCACAAGAGCUUCCCCCCGCAGCCGGAAGUCCUGAACGAGCUGUGCCAGAGCUUCAUGACCGGCCUGGACACGGAGCAGAGCUUCAGGAGCAACUUAGACACGGACCGGCUGAUCUGCUGCUUCCCGGAGCCCAGAGACACGGAGCGCAGAGUCCUGCAGCUCCGCGUGGCUCUGGAGAGGGUCAUCAUCACCCAGUUUGACGUCCGAGGGCAGAUCCGAGUCUACUGCGGCUGCAGGGACAAAGAGGUAGGAGUGAGGUACACCUUCAACGACUGGCUGUCUCAUGUGGACGCGCAGGCUCUGCCCAUGGCCUCGGAUCAGCCGGGCUUAGUUGGGGAGCACUUCGGAUUCACGGUGUACACGCCGCCCUUCAUGGACCCCGGCUCGGCCGUGCACUUCGCCCUGUACCUGAAGAGCGAGGAGGGGGAGUUCUGGGACAACAACGAGGGGGAGAACUACACCCUCAGCCUCAGGCCUUGCUGCCCUCAGAGUCCACAAUCAUCCUCCACACGAAGAAAUUCGGGCGUCAUUACAGCUGGCAGCUCCUCUGAUGUGAGGAAAACGACAACAUCGACCUUGGGAAGUUACGGCGCUGCAAACCCCAUUCAUCUUCGCUGUCCGUAUUCCUGCCUCCGACUCAUUUAGGAUUUAAGACGGUACCAAUAAACGUGUGACGGAUCUGAUUUACAUGCUGCAGUCCAACAAUGAGCAGCGGCGAUGCAAGGGCAUGAUGGAGCGGCGACGAGGAGGCAGGAUGGAUGGAAACCCAAGGAGGAUGGAGAAACAAAUGCACAAAGAAAGUUUGGAAGAUGGAGGGAUGAUGAGGAGAUUGCAGACAAAAAAGGCAGUUAAAAUAACUGUGGGUAAAGUUGAAGAGACGAAAAACGAUAAGGGGUGCUUCUCUGUCCUGUCAUUUACUGCAACCUCUCUCCUCUGUGCAGCUCUCAUCUCAUCUGUCCACUGUUAUAACAAACCAACUCUACAAAGAACAUUUUUCAGCAUUAAUUCAACUCCCAUAGUGUUAAACUUAACCCUUAUGCCAGGUUUAUAUUGAUCUCUAACAGAGUGACAUUGUAACUUUUGAGUGUUUUCUGACACAUCAAGGCAUAUUUCUAACAUUGCAAUCGGGUCAGUCUUUCUUAGGAGGUGACUGAGUGAAGAAUUUGCUUAUCUAAAAUAAUGCGAAUUUAUAAUGCAUAUCACAUCUGCAAUGCCAUGAAUCAUGUGCAUGAGCAUUAUAAACGUCUACUGUAUCACACCCUGCUCUCUCCUAUAGACAAUCAUUGUAUUGAUCUUACAUGAGUUCUGCAGGCAGGAAGUCACUAACUCAGUGAACAACUUGAGGUUGACAGUUUUUGGUUAAAAGGUGAGCCUGUUAGGCCCUCAGGUUACACCUGAAUCCAGAAUCUGGCCCCUGCUGUGAUUGAGUUUGACACCCCUGCUCUACAGAGUUGACUGGAUCAACACUGUCAAAGAACUCUAUCAUUGAGGGCCACUUAAAUCAGAAUGUAGUUGAAAUUGCACUUUGGGAGAUAAAUCAACUUAUUACUGAGAUAUUAACACUCCAGUUUUUACUAUGUAGUCAUGUCAGAUGAUGAGGGUGUCUCCAAUGUCUGAUGGCAUAUCAGGGCUACUCUAAAAACUUUUCAAGUAAAAAACACAAAAUUUCAAAUUUAUAAAGUCAUUAAUUUACGAGAAACCAGACUGAAGAGAACAGAAAUGUCUUUCUAAAAUCCGUUUGCCUGUUAUAAUGUGAUAAUUCUGGGCUAAAAUUAUAAGUAGUUCCUUUUUGCUCAGAGCUAGUCAAACAACCUUGAUUAUGCUCUCAGCUGCAGGACUUGUGCGAAGGAAAGGGCUUCAUCUGGUUGAUUUUCUCCCAGGCUAUUUUAGACAGCAUGAUGUCAAAAACCCUAAAUUUUGGUUCCUCUAAAUUCAUGACUUUUUAUUUAGGACUUUUUAAAAAAUAAAUUUACAACUUUUUAUCUCUAAAGUUUAGAGUUUCUUCUUGAAAAUUAAAGAUCCUCUUUAUUUUUACAUUUCUUUCAGGGUGGCUGUAAUACGCUGUCAUUUUAUAUGCAAAUAUGUGCUGCAUUUAAACAAACAAUGCAAUGCAGAUAUACACAUCCUGGACCACCUCCUGACACAGUCUGAGCUAUCAGAUAUCAUGUGUUUUCAGAAUGCAUUAUGGAGCGUACACACUAUCAUUACGGAUAACCACUUGGUAUCUGAAUGCAUAGGAAAAAAAACCCAAACUGUCCAAAAACUUUCUACAUUUCUCAAAUACGGUGGCAACAAAGAAAAGGGAGACUCAUGAAAGGGGGCCAGACUGGCGAGAGAGGGAAAAAAUUAAAGGGAAGAAAUGACGAAAAAACAUUGGAGAAGUGUGUGAACUAAAGCUCAGAGUUUGCCAUUCAAAUAUCCGGUUCUCAUUUUUGUUUUUCCUCGCUCAGUCCGAGCCUCAGCGGGGCCGGAGACGAGGCAUUCAGGGUCCUCCAUCAUACUGAUCACAAACACCUCUCAGCUAAUGGACCCAGCAUAAUGAGCACUGCUACUAAUGAGCAAAACAAAAGACGGAGGGGAAAAAGAACAACAAAGAGGUGAGAAAGUUCUGGAAAUGAUCAACACAGAGGAGGGAGGUGACCCCCCGGUGUCCUGGCUUAACUGGUGCUGAAUUAACUGGUGAACUCUGACAGAAUUCCUUAAAUGCGGAGCCUGGUUUACGAGCAAAUCUGAAUAAAGUUUAAUGUCAUGAAUUUUUAAUGUCAUGUAAUGUAUCUAGUACUGCAGGUUGUCUCUUUUGUUGUCUCAGUUGAACUUCUGCAGCCUCUAACAGUAAGUAUUUUCAUACCAUUCCCCAUCAUUAUCUGACUUCUGGAGUUAACUGAUUACUCUAGUAGUCCUUUUUGCAUGCCUCUGAAGACAAACUGGACUCAUGUCUGAGCAUAUCAUCACAGAAAAAUUACCUUUUAAGUUUUUCUGGAUCCACUUCUUUGUAACUGUACCUGCAGUUUAAGUUUAAUUUCUCUCCUGCUGACCACAUUUCCUGAUAUGGCCAUUCAUAAUAAAAGUAUUUGAAUAAAUAACAACUAGGAACUUUUAUUGUGAAGAACUUGUCAGAAAUUUUUAUCAUUGAUCUAACUUGGCUUUGGCAGAGAUACUGUUGAGUGUAAGGUUCUACCGUGUUUACAGCUGUUUCUCCAACCUCAUUUAACGCCACAGCCUGCUUCUUUAAACCAUCAUGGACUUAAAACAAGCGAGUCAUGAGCUAAACUCACCUUUAACACAUUGUUUUAGCCAUCAUUGUAUGAAUCGCUGA